AUGCACGCCUUCAACAUCCUCGCAAUGGUGUAUUUCGCGGUCGUCAAGACCAUCAUGUUCUUCUUCCCUGGCUGGUUCCCGCAAGACCCACCAGCAGCCCCGGAAGAACACCCUGCUCUCCCUCGCGAGCGGGAAUCCGCCCUCCAAGCAGAGCGUCGCUCUGAACUCGCCGGCUUUGCGGAAAAAGCAGACCGCUUCUUCGAGGAAGAGAGCAGAGAGACUCCUGCGAGCGUGGCAGACAAUUCGGCGUACCGCCGACGUAUUGCCCGGGCCUAG